AUGCGAACGUAUCUGUAUAUCUGUAUCAGAGAAAGAAGAAACCAACAAAUCUUCUCUCUCUCAGCAUCUUCAAAGCCAGCAAAGAUUAAACACAUCGGAUCUUCUCAGAUCCCUUCAUCCAAUUUCAUCCCAGCUCUUUUCUCCUAUGGAUCUUCGAUUUUGGCUUCGUCGAUGAUUCUCUCACGCGUUCUGUCUAUUUUUAUAAUGUUGGGGGUCGAAAGCUCUGAUACGAUUGAUGAUGUGAAGGCCAAGAUCUGGGACAAGGAAGGGAUCCCACCGGAUCAGCAAAGGCUUAUCUUCGCAGGGAAACAGCUUGAAAGCGGCCCGUAUCCAAAAGGAGUCCCACUCUUCACUUGGUCUUUCGCCUCCGAGGUGAAAUGCAAAUUUUUUAUGAAGACGCUACCAGGAAAAACCAUCACUUUGGAGGUGGAAGGCUAG